AUUCACUGUGUUUACAUUUGAAAAUUAGAUUUAAAGAAUUGAAAAAAGAAACUAAUAUUAAUAUCAACAUUAUGAAAGUGACUCCAAAGAAACCACGCGCCACAGCUAUUGAGGGCACGCUGCGCUCGCGUGAAUCCCGCAAAGAAGCUGCAAAGGAUGAGUCUGAAGCACCACCUCCGUUGCUGCAAAUUGACGACGACAUGGAAUCCGAACUGCCCAUACGAGGACGCCCCUCCAAGAAGCUGCAACUGCAAAAGCAACUACAACGUGCUCAAUCCAAUGCCAAACAGCAAGCUGAAGUGAAGAGUGAGUCCGCAGCAGAAACCGAAGCUGAAGCGCCAACAACAUCUGCUAACGCAACCGGGGCAGGAAGAUCCAAAGCCAAACGGUCGCUUUACAAAAAGAGCGGGAACAAUGCAGUCCAAAAAUCACACAGUGAAAGCUAUGUAAUGCGUCUCUUCGAACGCAGCCUGGAUCUGUCCAAGUACAAAGAGAACACACCGCUCUAUCCCAUUUGUCGCGCCUGGAUGGCCAACCAGCCACGCAAUCCCAGCGUGGCGGUCUACAACACAGACGGCACAGUGCCCAUAGUUAAGCGUGAGGACGAUGCCGAGGAGGUACUCAGCAAGUUGCUGAGCGGCGAAUUGAAAGUUUUAAAGCAAAUGCCACAGGCGCGCAAAACCGAGAUGUCGCCCAUCCCACCCCGACUGCCCAACACCCAGGACGAGAAGCUGAAGGGGGCCAGCAAGGAGGAGCUGCUGGCCGAGAAUAUCGGCCAUUGGAAGCGGGUGCGCAGUCACUGGCUGAAGCAUGCGCAGAAAUAUGAACACGAGCGCUACGAAAUAAUUGACCAGAUAAUGGAUGCUGUGUGCAAGCGUGAAUGAAAAUGCAAUUUUAAUAUAAUUUCACUUGAAUAAAUCUUUAUUUGUAA